AUGACUUUUUUACAUAAAUUAGUAAUUAAAGGUGUACGUUCUUAUAAUCCCAAUAAAGCACAAACUAUUGAUUUUCAGCAUCCAUUAACAUUAAUUGUUGGGCAGAAUGGUACGGGAAAAACAACACUUAUUGAAUGUCUUAAAUACAUUACAACUGGUACUCUUCCACCCAAUUCAAAAGGAGGUGCAUUUAUUUACGAUGGUGGAUUAGCUAAUAAUACAGAAGUCAAAGCUGAAAUAAAACUGUAUUUGCAUAAUUUUUAUGACAAAGAAAUUGUAAUUCAAAAAAUUAUUCAAACAAGCAUAAAGCAAAAAAAGACUGAACAAAAAAUUUUAGAAUUUAAUGUUUGGGUAAAUAACAAUCCAAAAGAAAUUAUUGAUUUUGAUAAUACAUUACGCUCAUCAUGUGGAAAAAUAAAUAAAGAUGAUUUAAGCAGUAUUUUGGAGAUAAAUACUAGUAUUCUUGAAAAUAUUAUUUUUUGUCAUCAAGAAGAUACAAUGUGGUAUUUAGCGGAACCUGCAACAAUCAAAAAAAAAUUUGACGAAAUUUUUUCUUCUACGCGUUAUUCAAAGAUUUUAGAAAAUUUAAAAAAAGCAAAAAAAGAAAUUGCUACGAAAAGUAAGGUAAUAGACACAGAAAUGUCAUAUUUGUUAAAAGCUAGAGAUAAAAAAUUUGAAAUAGAAAAUAAAUGCGCAACAUUAAAAGAAGAUUUGGAAAAAAAGAUUUGUAAUAUUUCUGCUCUCGAAAAAAACGAAAAAGAUUGUACAAGCAUUUUAGCUAAUUUGAAUACAGAACAAGGUAAAAUUAACAUUAUUGUUGAAAAAAAGAAAGAAAUUUCUAAUUUCAAAAACCUGUCUAAAAUCACAUAUACCGAAGAUGAAUGUAAUAAUUUAUUUAAGACAAUUGAUAUAGAUGCUAUAAAUAAUCAAAUUAUAGAUUUAGAAAAACAGAUUAAAAAUCAAGAACAAGAGAUUCAAUCAAUAGAAAAGAAUAAGCAAAUUUACGAACAAAAACAACAAGAAGUUAAUAAGCUAGAGACAGAAAAAAUACAGAUUUUAAAUGCUUUGCAAACAUGCUCUGAAAAUAUUUCAGUACUAGAAAAAUGGUUAAAUGAUCAAAAAGAUCGAUUUCAAACAAAAAUUAAACUUGGUUUACAAAAUGUAAAGUCAGAUGACUAUAAAAAUAUUUUUGAAUUAUUUUUUAAAAGUUAUGAUCAAGAGCUAAAUAAAAAGAUUAAGGUUGUAGCAGAUUUAAAAAACCAAUGUGACAAAUAUUAUUUAGAGCUUGAAGAGAAUAGAAAGAAAAUUAAAUCUUUAGAAUAUUUAAAAAAUUUCAAAUAUGAAGAAAAAGAUUAUUUUGAAAUUGAAAAUCUUGAUGAAAUUCUUAAAAAAUUAGAAAAUGAAUAUGAGAAAGCAGUUAAUUUAACAAGAGAAAUGAUUAUUAAUGAAGAAAAAAUCAAUAAAAGGGAUUCUAUUUUAAAGUUGUUACGAAACAAAACUAAACUUAAAGAAAUUGAUAAUGUCAAAACUAAUAUAGAAAAAAUUAAAAAUACAAAAAUAGAAAUAAGAAAAAAUGAUAAGCUUUUAAAUGAGCUAGAAUCUUUAAUUAUACUCAUAACUUCAAAAUUUGAAAAUUACAAUGACAAAAUUUAUGAUAAUGUAUCCUGCUUAUCACAUAACACAGAAGAUACUGUAUAUUUGGACUUAAAUAUAGCACACAGAAUUUUAGAUAUCAGUAAUAAAAAUUAUCGCUGUUUUUUAUGUGAACGAUCAAUAGAAAGUAUGGAUAAGUAUAAAAGUAAAUUAAUAAAUUUAUCUAACAAUGAAGCUUUAAGAAAACAUAAAAUUUCCGAGAAUAAUUAUAACGUAAAAAAAGAAAUACUUUCAAGGAUUCAACAAUUUAAUGAAAAAACAAAUAAUAAAUUCAUGUUGAAAUUAUUUUCUACAGAUAAAAUGCAAGAUUUUUGCGUCUAUGUAACUGAACUAUUAGAUAAUCUUCAAAAUUAUAAAACAUCAAUUAAGAAUGAAAUUAAUGAUUUUGAGCUAUCAAUUAUAGAUUUUGAGGAAGAGGUUAAUAUAUGUAAGAAUAAUAUUAAUUUAUUUAAUGAAAUAGAAAAUUUAGAUAUAAAACCUAUAAGCUGUGCUAAAUUAGAAGAUAUUCAAAAAAAUAUUAAAAAGUACAAGACUUGCAAGGAGAUAAAAAAUGUUAAAAUGCAAAUGAAUUAUUUAGAUGAAUUAAUUAGUAGAAAUAAUGUACUUGAAAAAAAAUAUGAAGAUAAAAAGACAGAGUGUAAAAAUAAAAACGAAAAAAUGGAGGCGCUUAAAACCAGUAUUUUUAAGAAAAAACUUGAAGUUGAUUACAAAUUAAAUGAUUUUUAUUCUAAGAAACAGAAUUAUCUAGAAUUAACAGAGAAACAUAAUAAAUUGUCUCAUAAACUUAAUAUAUUGACAGAAAAUUUUAAAGAGUUUAAUCCUAACAUGUUAUCUGAAAAAAUAGAACAUAAUCAAAAAAAUAAAAAUCUUAUGUUCAGACUGAAAGAUGAGCUUAAUAACAAAAAGCAAAUACUGUCGUCUGUCAAUGAGCAUUUAACGUACUAUAAAAGUUUAAAUAAAUUUAAAAAAAUAGAAAAUGAAAUUAAACUGCUAGAAGAAACCUUAAAAAGCAAAUUUAAUUUAGAUAUUAAUACUUCUAGUAAUGUAGUAUUAGAAUAUUUAACCUCGCUUGAAUCAAAAAUAAAAACAAUGAAAACUAAAUAUGAUAAACUUUUAGAGAACAAAAACAUACUAAAAGGUGAGAUCAGUCAAUUGAGAAACCAAAUAAAAAGUUAUGAAGUUGAACUACAAACUGAAUAUAAAGAUGUUGUGCACAUUUACAACAAAAAAUAUGUUGAAAAUAAAAUUAUUGAGUUAUCGUGCAAUGAUAUCGAUAAAUGCAUUACUGUUCUUGAUAAAAGCAUUAUUGACUAUCACUACAAUAAAAUUGAAGAAAUUAAUCUUAAUCUUAAAGAAUUGUGGUCUAAUUGUUAUAAAGGUAAUGAUAUAGAUUAUAUUAAAUUGAUAAUCAAUGAAAAUGGAUCUAAAAAUUACAGUUACAAAAUGAUGAUUGUUAAAAAUAAUAUAGAAUUAGAUAUGAGAAAUAGAAGCAGUGCUGGUCAAAAAAUGAUUGGCAAUAUUUUAUUAAGAAUGGCUUUAAGUAGAGUUUUUUGCUGCAAUUUUAAUGUUUUAACACUUGAUGAGCCUACUACAAAUUUAGACAAAGAAAAUGUAGAAAGUCUUGCCUAUACUUUAGUAAAUAUAACAAAGACUAAUCCUAAUUUACAAUUGAUUAUAAUUACACAUGAUGAAGAUUUUUUGUCAAUAAUGUGUAGAGAAAGUUUAUCUUUCUAUUAUAGACUUACAAGAAAUGUGAAUGGUGAUAGUGUUAUUAUUAAGGAAACUGCAUAA